UUCAAUAUGGCCUCUCGAGAAGGGGACACUGCGCUGUGGCUCCACAAUAAGUUGGGUUCUACUGAUGAUUUUUGGUCUGGAAGGUCCAUAUGUUCUCAACUUACACAAGAUAAGCUACAGAGUAUAUUGGGUUGUUUUCAAGCGCUGCAACCACACGUUAAAGUCAAACUGAUGCUGUCUUUUCUGCACCUUGCAAGGCGCAAUGUGGAAGAGUGGAAGGUGGACCUGGAAGAAAUCCUGGAGCUGGCUUCCAAUGACAGUGACCAGUGGGUCUCCACUGUGGCAGAUAUUUUACGGUCUUUUCCGUCAACUGGUGCUCUGAAUCUCCAGUUGGAUGAUACAAAUCCAACAUUCUCAUCCAUUGUUACAGAUCUGAAGAAGCUCGUAAAAAAAUCUGCAGAUGCUGGGAUGCUGCCAUUAGAAUGUUUAUAUCUAAACACCAAAGCAUUAACCUCUCUAGCUGGCCAACCACCACAACCUGUGAAGCAUUUUGCUUUAAAAAGAAAACCUAAAUCAGCAGCACUCAGAGUGGAACUUCUACAGAAAUCCACUGAAGCUGCAAACAAUGUAAAGAAGGGAACAACUACACAUUCGCUGCCAAUCAAAGUAAGAAGUUUUGCUAAAAAGAUGGAUGACACAACACCUCUUAAAGGCAUACCAAAUAAAACUGGCUUCAGAGCUCCUGCUGCCAUAGGGAACAGACUAGGAGGUACUCCUCUGUCACAUAGGACUCCUACUGGGGCAAGGAAGAGUGGGGGAAUCAAGUUGUUAGACAUCACAGAACAGCCAGUUGGAGGAAAAGAAGCUAAAAGGAGGAAAAAACAAGCAGAUCAAGAAGCAACAGAACAACAGAAGAAAGAAAAAGACCAAGCCUCUGCCACUCCAGAUUAUGCUGCUGGACUGUUUUCACCUGCUACUCCUCGCCCAACGUCACAAACAGCAUCAGCAGGUGGUUCUUUACCACACACAGGGCCCAGUUAUGUCCCAGCUCCAGCUAGUAGAUUGCCCACCAUUGCAGGGGGCACUACAACACUUCCCACCUCCAGUGUGUCAGCUGCCACCCAGGCUGCACGGGAGAAUCUACAGCAGCAGCUGCAGCAACAGUUGAAUAACUCACAAAUUAGAACACAGGGACAGACACAGAGUGUCAGCAAUGUGCAACAGCAGUUGCAACAGCAGCAGCAGCAACAGCAGCAGUCUAAUCAAAAUCAACAAAAGAAGGGGUUAUCCUUAACAAGAGAACAAAUGAUGGAGGCUCAAGAAAUGUUCCGUACAUCCAACAAAGUUACACGUCCAGAAAAAGCGCUCAUUCUUGGUUUUAUGGCAGGUGCUAGGGAGAACCCUUGUCCUCAGCAAGGAGAUAUAGUUAACAUUCAUUUAAGUGAAGCUAUAGAAAAUGUGCAACAGACUGGUAUUACCAAACAAAUGAUUGCAGAUACUUACUUUGUUAUGAAUUAUGCCAGUGGGGAAUGGAAAAGGGUGAAAAAAUACAGAGAUAUGCAACCUACAGAUUCGGCGCUAAAGACAUGAUGGUGAAAUGGAGUUUUCACUUCAAAAGUGAAAAAGAAGACAGUGAAAAAGUAGAAUUUUCUGUUUUGUUUUGUAAUUCAUUAAGAUAAGUUGACUAAAGAUCUGACUGGAUACAUGUUGUAAAGAAACAUUUCAACUUUUUGUAUUGUCUUGUGUUGUGAGAGUAUUCCAUUUCAUGUAAUCAAAAAUGUGACAGAAGUGGUACUUAGUACUUAGUAACAUGGUACCAGUUUUGCAGUCUAGGCUGGGGCAGAGGAUUUUGCAAUGCUGAGGUGGGACACAGACUUCAACAUAUUCAUGAUGUUGCAGCUUCAAGUAGUCAGUAAAACUGUAGCCUCUCUUACAUAACAAGUAAACAACUGAGUGAAAAUUCAGUAUAUGUAAAGUGAAGCUUAUUUUGAUUUCUAAGAUAUAGGAAGUCGCAAAAACUUGGUAUUGAUAUUAGAAAAAAAACUAUAAGCUUUAUAAGUGGACAUGGUGAAUAUCUUUCCAUUAAGUCUUUGGAAAUGUGCAUCAGCAGGUUGCAUCCAGUUUUUAAUAAACUUGUCUCAGAAUUUUUGAUUUGU